CUCUGAAUCUAUGCGAAUAUUAAAACCUCUCCUAUAUCUAUACACAUUCAAUGCUCACAUUCAAUCUCUAAAGAUUCAAAAUCUAGGGCUUUUAGGGUUUCUCUUCAUUGCUUAAACAAUUACGUAUGUGAUUGGUAUGAUCUUGCACAAGGAGAAUUGGAAUUCUUUGUUUUUGGGGGAAUAAAAGCCCCAAUAUCUUUAUUUUCUUUGGUGGGAUAUGAAUAAGAGAUAUGGCUUGGAAUAAUCCGUGUCAGGAGGUUGCCAAUUCAAAGCCAUUGUUCGCGACGAUCUACGCCACCGUACUUAUAGGAAUCGUUUUCUCCUCUUUCUACGUCUUCUCUGCCAUUUACUCCUCCGGUAGCUCAUCAGCUCACUCCACUUCCUCCUUAUGGCUUCCUCCGUCUGCUUCCUAUGCAGCUCCAUCCCUGGAUCAGAAUCCUACUUCUUCUCAACCAUCCACAGUGGGUUCCAUUUUGGCCCCUUCCAUCGAACCACGAAACAAAUCGUUGAAACCUAUUUGGGAGUUUCCACCUCCUGGCUCUAAAAUGCCACCUUUGGAGACCUUUCGACUGACAAAAGAGCUAGUUCAGCAAAGGGCAACGAAUAAUGUUUUAAUAGUGACCUUUGGUAACUUUGCCUUCAUGGAUUUUAUCUUGACAUGGGCAAAACACUUGACGACUUUGGGUCUUGACAAUCUUCUUGUUGGUGCAAUGGACACAAAACUGGUGGAGGCUUUGUACUGGAGAGGUGUACCAGUUUUUGAUAUGGGGAGCCAUAUGAGCACAAUAGAUGUUGGAUGGGGCUCACCAACAUUUCAUAAGAUGGGAAGAGAAAAGGCUAUUUUGAUCGAUUCCAUCCUACCUUUUGGUGUUGAACUACUGAUGUGCGACACAGACAUGGUCUGGUUAAAGAAUCCGCUUCCAUAUCUUGCUCGUUUUCCUGAAGCAGAUGUCUUAACUUCAACUGAUCAAGUUAUACCAACUGUUUCUGACGAUAGAUUGGACAUCUGGCAACAAGUUGUUGCUUCAAUAGAAUGUUGUUUUGCAAUUAUUGAAUUCAACUUUCUCCACACAACGAGUAUUAUUGUACUUAAGCAGUUUUAUUCACUUUGGACAGUUGGUGCUGCCUACAAUGUUGGAAUUUUCCACUGGCGUCCAACAGAAUCUUCAAAAAAAUUGGCAAAAGAAUGGAAAGAUAUGCUUCUGGCUGAUGAUAAGAUAUGGGAUCAGAAUGGAUUCAAUGAUCUUGUCCACAGACAGUUGGGACCAUCUGUUGAUGAGGAUAGUGGACUUGUGUAUGCAUAUGAUGGAAACCUCAAGCUGGGACUUCUGCCAGCAAGUAUUUUUUGUAGUGGCCAUACAUAUUUUGUCCAGGCCAUGUAUCAACAUCUUAGACUGAAGCCAUAUGCUGUACAUACCACAUUCCAAUACGCUGGCACUGAAGGAAAACGCCACCGAUUACGUGAAGCCAUGGUUUUCUAUGAUCCUCCCGAGUAUUACGAUUCACCAGGAGGUUUCUUGACAUUUAAGCCAGCUAUUCCAAAGAGCUUGUUACUAGACGGAGAGCAUACUAUCGAAUCACACUUCUCUCUUGUUAAUUACCAAGUAAAACAAAUAAGGACUGCCCUUGCUAUUGCUUCAUUGUUGAAUCGUACACUGGUCAUGCCUCCACUCUGGUGCAGGUUGGAUAGGUUAUGGUUUCCACAUCCUGGAGUUCUGCUGGGAACUUUGACUAGACAACCUUUCCUCUGUCCUUUGGAUCAUGUGUUUGAGGUGAAUGUCAUGUUGAAGGAAAUGCCAGAGGAGGAAUUUGGGCCUGGAAUCAGUUUGAGGGAGUAUUCUUUCUUGGACAAUCCAUCACUGCCCAGACAGGUGAAAAAGUCAUGGCUUGACGUACAUAUCUGUCAAGGAGGGUCUCAAGGUUGUCAAGUAUCAAACAGUACAAGUUCGAUGGGCGUAAUCAAAUUUCCUAAGCACAGUAAUGAAGAAACGUUCAAAACAGUAUUCUCCUCAUUUAAGGACAUCAAAGUCAUACAAUUCUCAUCAAUGCAAGAUGCCUUUGUAGGUUUUGCUGAUAAGACGAGGGAGGAACAUUUCAGAAACCGGGUGAAGCGUUAUUUAGGUAUAUGGUGUUGCGUUGAUAAUCACACUCCUGGUCACAUAUAUUAUGACAUGUAUUGGGAUGAGAAACCUGAUUGGAAACCAAUUCCACCCCAAACUCCAGAAGAUGAUCAUCCACCUUUUUGA